CAUUCAGAAUUGUCCCAUCACAGUGGGACCAUGAGCCCAUUUGAAAUCCGUUGGCAGGACUUAUACACCUUCAUCAAUGAGCUUUACACCUAAACAGCUGGCAGAAUCGCCCGUUUGUGGCUCUGACAUCUCGUAAUUGUGAUGCAUAAAAUGCGUGUCAUCUGAAAAUGGUGAAGGGCGCUUUAUAUUCCCAAUAUAACGUUAAAUACACACCCAAACAGCCGAGUCUGAGUACGAAAUGGCAACAUCGUUUUGUCAGACCAUCGUUGGCUGUUCAUACUUUAUACUUGGUGUUUGUUCACUCUAAUCAGUCAAUACGUCCAGAAAGUGUUAUCUUUUGUUUGCAGCCAGUUAGCUAACUUACAUGUAUCUGUCUCUGUAAGUUACUCGGCUUAAAGUCUGAGAGUUUGUCACACGUGGUUUCAACAUUAGCUCACUGCUGGGGGCAACAAUGCAGGAAUCCCCACUCAUAGGACUCUCUGACGGCCCCAUUGAGAAGAAGAAAGGCACGUUUUAUUACACUAAUAAAAUUGGAGGUAAACCGGACCUGAUUCCUGGUAUAUCUGAUGCAUAUAACCAAUGCACUGUAUGUGAUGGGAUCCUCGGUCAUGUUGUGCAGAUCUACUGCCCCCUUGCGGCAUCUCCAUAUCACCGCACCAUUAAUGUGUUUGCCUGCCCUAAUCCACAGUGUAGUGGCAAGCCAGAAAGCUGGAAGGCUCUGCGUUCACAGUUCUUGGAAUCAGAGAUGAAACAACCUUUAGCGCACCAGGAUACGAAUAGUUUACAAGUAAAACAAGCUGCAAUGUCCACAACGGACUGGUGCGCUGAAGCUGAUGACUGGGGGAUGGAGGCUGAGGACAGUGAACCUGAGAGCAGGUCACAGGCUCAUACAGACACAGCCCAGCCAGUGAUGGACAGCCUUACAGCUGGACUGGAUGUCAGCAGUAGGCUUCAAGGCCUUUGUUUAAAUGGGCCAGGGGACCAUGGAGGUGCUGUACAUCCCACUGCUGUGCCCACUUUUCAGCCCUUUUACAUCAGUGUUGUGGAGGAGACAGACUUCGUGGGCCAUGACGACCUGCAACAUGCCAAUAGACUGUUGAGGGAAUAUGAGGAGAGAGAGGGAGUGGCUGUUGGGGAGAUUGGAAUUUGUGAAGGUGAAGGGGCCGAGGAGAAGUAUGAGAAAGCAGAAGCCAAACAUGGAGAUGCAGUCUUCUCAAGUUUCAUGAAAAGAAUCUCUCUCUGUCCAGAACAAGUUCUUCGAUACAGUUGGAGUGGGUCACCGUUAUUUUUAGCUGAACCUCCUUCAAACGUAAAUCAGAUGGUGCCAACCUGUGCACAGUGUGGCAGUCCGAGAGUUUUUGAAUUUCAGCUUAUGCCCGCACUCGUCAGCUUGCUCCACAGUACAGACUUAAGUUCAGAGCUUGUAUUGGAGUUUGGAACAGUUCUGGUCUACACCUGCAGAGACAGCUGCUGGACGUCUGGAUCAAAUGCUCCUGUCGAGGAAUUCCUCUUUGUGCAAGCCGACCCAGAUCAAAAGCUGUUUAAGUGACAUUAAUAACUGAUAGACAAUAAAGAGCAAAUCAACAUAC